AUUAUUAUCUAUUAAAUUUAAUUCUUCACCUGAUCAAUAACAUUUUCUGGAAGUUUUGGAUGUGAAUUUAGUUUUACUGCAAUUGGAAAUGAGACUUGAAUUUUAUGCAGACAAAUAUAUAUGCCACUAGAAGAGGCUCGCAAAAAGACUUGGCUCGUGGAUUCCAAGGGGUUGAUUGUUAAAUCUCGUUUGGAGUCGCUUCAACAUUUCAAAAAGCCAUGGGCUCAUGAUCACGAGCCUGUCAAGGAACUUGUGGAUGCUGUUAAUGGAAUCAAGCCUACAGUGUUCAAUGGAACAUCAGGGGUAGGAAGAACCCUUACUAAAGAGGCUGUUGAGGCUAUGGCCCCCUUGAACGAGAAGGCAAAAUAACCAAAUGCACCCCCAAAGUAUAGUGGUAGAGACGAAUUUACUCCCAAACAAAAUACAAUAACAAAUCUACCAAUAAAAUUUUUAAUUUGGA